UCCUGGAACUGCCCUGUCUCUGCAGGCCACUUGCCUCUGUCUCCUGAGCCCACCACUACCAGCCUGUUUAUUUUCUAGAGAAAGAAAGGGCAUGGAGUUGGGUGUAGAGGAUCCGGGAAGCUUUUGGGGAAAGGAAACCGUUAUCAGAAUAUAUUGCAUAAAAAAUUUAUUUUCGGGCUGGAGAGAUGGCUCAGCAGUUAAGAGCACUGACUGCACUUCCAGAGGUCCUGAGUUCAAUUCCCAGCAACCACAUAGUGGCUCACAACCAUCUGUAAUGAGAUCUGGCGCCCUCUUCUGUAUACAUAAUAAAUAAAUAAAUUUAAAAAAAAAUUUAUUUUCAAUAAACAUAUUAAAAUAAACAAAGACUAGAGGGGUUGGGCAAGGAGACUAUUUGGAAGAUAAUUGCGAUUCCCUACAUAAAUGUGGUGGACUAAGGUGGUGAUAAUGAAAUAGCUGAUACAUAAAUCUAUAUAUAUGUCAUCCAUCUAUAUCUCAACAUAUGUGUAUAUAUAUAUAUAUAUAUAUAUAUUAAGACAGUUUAAGUCACUCGGGAGGUAGAGGCAGGUGGAUCUCUGUAAGUUCGAGUCCCGUCUGGUCUACAGAGCGAGUUCCAGGGCAGCCAGGACUGUUAGACAGAGAAACCUUGUCUCUGGAAAAAACAAACAAAAAAAGAUAGUCUUUCUAUUUUUAAUUCAGGGUCUCAUUAUUUAAUCCAGGCUGGCCUAAUACUCGCUUUUUAGCGAGUAUGCUUCCAAUCUGACUUGAUGACCUAGGAGCUCAGAGAUCCGCCUGCCUCUGCACACACCACUUUAUAUGGCUAAACAGCUGAAUUCUAAAAAAUGCUUAAAGGCAAAGUCUGUAGGCAUGAAAAGAAAUGGGGUAUGGAAGGGGCAGUCCGGAAGCAGUUAACGAAUAACGCCUAUGUUCCUGGCUUGUGUAUCGGCGUCCUUUAAACUUCAAACUGUUGUCUACGCAGGGCGCGUGCAAUCCUAGCACACGGGAAGCUGAGGCAGGAGGCUGCGAGUUUGAGGCCCGUCUGGGAUAGAGUGAGAUUCUGUGUGUGCGGGUCGGGGUGAGACAUUGUCUGCUUUCCAAUCUCCAUCCAGCAGCCUCACACCUGCAUGCCAAUGAGCAGCAGGUGAGCCCUCUCUCCAGAUUAGGGAAAGGCGACCUGAAGGUACGGAGACCCCAGCCACGAGGGGGGAGCCCUUCAAGGCUGCUCAACCGGGCUCCAGCCACACCGCGUCUAACCACACCCACCAAGCUGUGGGGUCCGAGGGGACAAACGAUUCCUUGGCUCCUGGUUCCUGCUGUGCUCAGCGCAGCCACCUCCGGCCCUCUCGCCCAUUGGGGCAGUUCCUCAUCUCCCGCAAGCCGUGCCCACGCUUCCCGGAACAGCCCCGGCCCUGCACCGCUACGUUCACAGUAUGGUCCACAGGACUCGAUGACCACCCCUUCCCACAAUCCCGCGGUCCUGCUUGGCUGGCUCCAGGUCUCGCGAGAGGACGAUAAUGCCCGUUGCAGCCCAGAUUCGCCUUCCCGGGCCUCGGAACUGCAUCCUCCCUGGCUUUCCUCCAAUCCUGCCGCUCGCGCUCCGCUCUCGGAUUGGCUGAGAGAGCCGGUCAGUUUGUUUCCCAGCCAGAGAGCAGUUCGACAACUUCUCCGUCUCUGGCCCCGCCUUCGGCCGCUGCGGAUUGGAUGGCCGGGCGUGACGUCACGCGACCCCGCGUCAGCGGGGACUGGCCAAUCACAAGCCUGGCGUAUUUUACAAACUGGGGAAGCAGCCGCAGCCGCAGCCGCAGCAGCAGCAGGAACCCAGAAAAUCGGCGAAAAGGCUGAGAAAGCCCAGGUGGCCCCGAGGGGCGCCUGGAGAGCCGCCAUGACUACCCUCCACACUAGGAAGGAUCCCCUCCUCCGAGGUGUAUCUCCCACCCCUAGCAAGAUUCCAGUACUCUCUCAAAGAUGCCCAGAUUUUUCAUCCGUCAAGUCGUGCUCUCUGGACCAGGAGAACCAAGAUCCAAGGAGACUUGCCCAGAAACCACCGCUCAGUACUCAACGUCCGCUCAUCGACUCGGCAGGCCUCAGACCGAAAACCUCGCACCAGACAGAGAAAUCACAAAGAUUGGGGGGGAUCACUCAACUCCGGAACCCUUUGGAAGAACUCAAGCCUAGCUCUGGGGGACCAAAUGUGGGGUUUGUGCCUCACCCCCAGACAGAGGCUACAGGGGCUAUAGAUUUUGUCGCUGACCCUGCAGCCCUGGCCACCAUCCUGUCAGGUGAGGGGGUGAAGAGCUGUCCCCUGGGGCGCCAGUCCAGUCUGGCUCAGAGAGUACUAGUUCGAGGGAGCAAGGGAGGCACCACCCGGAGGGGCCAGAUUGCUCGGUCUUCAGCAUACCUGGCUCCCAGGACCCCCGUCCACCAACCAGAUCCUGCCAGGGCUUCCUGCUUCUCAAGACUGGAGGGAUUAGGACCCCGAGGCCGCACUUUGUGCCCACAGAGGUUAGAGGCUCUGAAUCCACCUUCAGGACCUUCCUUUCAUUCCUCCACUCGCCCCAGUUUACAGGAACUAAGAAGAGAGACAUGUGGUAACAGCAGCAGGACGUCAGCAAGCCAGCCCUCCAGAUCGCUCCCGAAGACCCCCGCUCAGCCUGCAGAACCUGAGGCUGUCCCUCACUCGGGUGAAGGAGGAAGAGCCCUACUGGGUCUGGCUCAACGGGUGCCAUUAAGAGAGACCGGAGAAAGGACGCACACCAGGACCGCAUAUUCAUCCUUGAAAAAGAUCAACAUUUGGUCGAAGACCCACUUCACACCGCUCCGAUCAUUACCCAGAGUUCAGCAGCAGGCCCAGUGGCCGAGUGGUCUCUCCCCUCAUCUGUCCCCUCAUCGCUCCCCUGAAGAGCCUGCCCUGCCCUGGGAGCAGAUCGUUGUAAAGCUGUUUGACCAGGAGGGUCGCAGCAUGUUACAGAAGGGAUCCCUGGCAAGCACUUCUGGCCCUCACCCCAAUAAAACCCCCAACCUCCAGGAGCUAAAGAUGCAGCGCAUCAGUGUUCUACAGCAGCUCCUGCGACAGGAGAUAGAGGAGCUGGCAGUGGGCAGAGGUGCCCCUCUUAAUGGAGGCUCUGCUCUAGAGAUGACCGAACUUCAGCCCCAGCUGGCUGAAAUUUCUAGAACUCUGACUGCUCCAGAACACAAUUCUGGAACUUCCCUUCCCGGACUGUCAAAACACUCUGGUGUGACAGGAUCAUACCUUGCAGAAGAACGUGAGGAGCCACAGGCUUGCCCUGGAGAGGAGACUAAGGUGGUUCAGCCCAGCUCUACCACAGAACCAGAGCCCCUAGUACCAUGCUGGAUAGCUGGGCCGGAGCCCCCAGAGCCCCCAGAGCCUUGCCUUCCGGCACUGCCUGGACCCCUUCUGCCUCAUUCCCAAGGACAGGCUGGACCCCUUGGGGCCUGCCCUAGGAUAGAGCUGAGACCUUCGGCAGCCUGCUCUCUGGAAGCUAGAAAUCCAAAGUGUAGCUCACAGGCCUGUUGCAGUCAGAGGCCUCCAGCAACCACCAGCUUGACCUUCUCUUCACAAAGCCCACUCUGUGCCAGCCCCCCUAUCCACUCUCUCCAGUCUUUGAGGUCCCCAGCAGGCCAGUCAGGCCCCAGCAGCCUGGCCCCUCGAACUCUGGCUCUGAGGCAGCGCCUCAGAGCCUGCCUCACCGCCAUCCACUGCUUCCAUGAGGCUCGCCUGGAUGAUGAGUGUGCCUUCUACACUAGCCGAAUCCCACCUCCUGGGCUCACUCGGGUCUGCACCAACCCUGUGGCCACGCUGCUUGAACGGCAGGACGCCCUGUGUUUCAUUCCAGUGGGUUCUGUGGCCCCACAGGACUCUCCAUCGUGACUGCAGCCUCCACGGAGCUUCUGUUCUGCUUCGCCCAUCCCUUCCUUUUUAGUCUUAUUUAUUGUUGCUCUGCCCAUUGGACUGGGAGCCAACACCCUUUUCCCCUUGAAUAAAGUUUCUGUAAACCGA